ACUCUGUCUGCGGAUUGGAAUCUAUUUGAGGACUCUCUGAUCCUGGAGCCGGUGAGCUAACGGAUCUUUUGAGGGCCAAGCAAGAGCGCUGUCUGCUAGCUGCUUUUCCUGCUCUCUCUCUCCUGGGAGGCGAAUCCUUGAGCCCGAGAUGGCAGCCACCCUGCUCAUGGCUGGGUCCCAGGCACCUGUGACAUUUGAAGAUAUGGCCAUGUACCUCACCCGGGAAGAAUGGAGACCUCUGGACCCUACACAAAGGGACCUUUACAGGGAUGUUAUGCAGGAGAAUUAUGGAAAUGUUGUCUCAUUAGAUUUUGAAAUCAGGAGUGAUAACGAGGUGAAUCCAAAACAAGAGAUUAGUGAAGAUGUAGAAUUUGGGACUGCAUCUGAAAGACCUGUUGGUAAUACUGAGGAAAAUCCUGAAAGUGAAGAGGCUUUUGAAGACAGGGAUAGAUCAGAAAGACAAUGGGGAGAUUUAACAGCAGAUGACUGGGUAAGCUAUCCUCUCCAACAAGUCACCGAUCUGCUUGUCCACAAAGAAGUCCACACAAGCAUCCGAUAUCAUAUAUGUUCUCAUUGUGGAAAGGCCUUUAGUCAGAUCUCAGACCUUAAUCGACAUCAGAAAACCCACACUGGUGACAGACCCUAUAAGUGUUAUGAAUGUGGAAAGGGCUUCAGUCGGAGUUCCCACCUUAUUCAGCAUCAAAGGACGCACACUGGGGAGAGGCCCUAUGACUGUAAUGAGUGUGGGAAAAGUUUUGGAAGAAGCUCUCACCUCAUUCAGCAUCAGACAAUCCACACUGGAGAAAAGCCCCACAAAUGUAAUGAGUGUGGGAAAAGUUUCUGCCGGCUGUCUCACCUAAUCCAGCACCAGAGGACCCACAGUGGGGAAAAGCCCUAUGAGUGUGAGGAGUGUGGGAAAAGCUUCAGCCGGAGCUCUCACCUAGCACAGCACCAGAGGACCCACACAGGUGAGAAGCCGUACGAAUGUAAUGAAUGUGGACGAGGCUUCAGUGAGAGAUCUGACCUCAUCAAACACUAUCGCGUCCACACCGGGGAGAGGCCCUACAAAUGUGAUGAGUGUGGGAAGAAUUUCAGUCAGAACUCGGACCUUGUGCGCCAUCGUAGAGCCCACACGGGGGAAAAACCAUACCACUGCAAUGAAUGCGGGGAGAACUUCAGCCGCAUCUCACACUUGGUUCAGCAUCAGAGAACGCAUACCGGGGAAAAGCCAUAUGAAUGUAAUGCUUGUGGGAAAAGCUUCAGCCGGAGCUCUCAUCUCAUCACACACCAGAAAAUUCAUACUGGAGAGAAGCCCUAUGAAUGCAACGAGUGUUGGAGAAGCUUUGGUGAAAGGUCAGAUCUAAUUAAACACCAGAGAACCCACACAGGAGAGAAACCCUAUGAGUGUGUGCAGUGUGGAAAAGGUUUCACCCAGAGCUCCAACCUCAUCACACAUCAAAGAGUUCAUACAGGAGAGAAACCGUAUGAAUGUACCGAAUGUGAGAAGAGUUUCAGCCGGAGCUCAGCUCUUAUUAAACAUAAGAGAGUUCACACUGACUAAGUCCUGUGAUUAUGACUGAGAAGUGAUUCAUUUGAAGGUACAAUUUUAUUUGAUAUCAAAGAGCUCUCUCAAGACUGAGCUGCUUUUAUCAUACGGAAUUUCCUCGUUGCGGGCCACAGUUUACAACAUCAAAGAAGACAAGCCACUUGAAAUCCUGACCCAUGGCUUUAAGAACGUUAUUCCCCCCUCCAGAAUAGUGAUUUUUAAAAAUCACUCAAUAUUAAUUAAUUACAUCAUCAAAAUCAGUCCCACAAGUAACUGAAAAUCUAAAGACCAGGUGAUAAAUCCUGGUAAAUGCUCAGGCCUGGAAAUGGAGUAAAUCUUUAAAAGUAAUUUCUCCCAUCCUUGGCCCAAAGAACUAUGCUAGGGGAAAUGUUGGACUGUGAUAGGGUGCUCACAGCUGUUUUGGAAAAAGACAACCAGAGACUGCCUGAAUUGCCACACCUAUUGACUCACUGUAGUAGCUGGGUACAUGCAUCUUCCCUUCAAAGGGCUUUCUCCUUGAGUUGCUCAUGCAUUUGUAUCUUUCUGUCUUCCUGACAGCAGGAUUCUGCAUAAUGAAGGCAGUAAUCUAACUUUUCUCCUCAUUGUUUCUAAAGCUUUCAUCUUUGUGAAAGCUAACCGAAGAUACAGAUUGAAAGGAAAAAUGAGACAGGUUUGGGGACCAAGGACUCAUCAACAGUGGUGACUUUAGCAAGAGAUGCCCACUGUUGUUAUGGCCAAUAAUCAGAAUUUAUUAAUUUUCUUUGGGGAUCAUCAUAGGGAACAUUGUAGGGAAAAUAUCUUCAAGGAAAGAUAGGACCAUAAUUGAUGGAGUGUAAGGAGCAAGUGGAAUUGACCACUUCAGGGAAGGAAGCACAGAGUCCCUUCCCAAGGAACACAGGUCAUUGCUGUGUUCUUUCCCUUCUACCCUUUAAGAUCAAUUCUCCCUGUACCACUAACUAUAGGAUUUGAUAAGGGCCACAUCCCAGUGUUUAUCUUAGCUUGCAUAAGGGCAUGUGUAUGUACAGUAAAAUGUGUAUUCCUGUUGUUUUCCAAUAGCAGAAACUGAAUUCACACUGAAUUAGCAUGUUCUUGGGUGACUUUGAUCAUGUGAUGGAACUACAGACAUAACUCCAAUGUGAGAAAUGUUCUUUUUUUUUUUCAUUCUUUAUGAAAAAAAUUUAAACACUAGUGCUCCAGUGCGCACUCUCCUGUAAGAUCUGUCUUUGUACAGAACCAAGCACUUGUUUAUAUGUAUCAGUCAGUUGUGGGAGAUAAUGACCAGACAAAUAGGUUGAUUGUCCUGUUCUCAGACUGAAUUGUCUUCUCUUUGUCCUAGUCACAAGGAAUUAAUAAACCUAGUUGGGAAUGUAUUUCCAUCCUCCCAGCCCACAGAUAUAAGCGAUUAAUGUAAGAGUUGACCCAAUUUAAGCCCAGUAGUAUCAGUUCUCCUUAUCUCAGCCCAAAUAGGAAUUAAGAAAUAUCCCAAAUGUUGUUGCUUAUCCAUGGAUUUGGGGGUGGGAGUGGGAAGAAACUGAUGCCAAGGAGAUGGGACUGGAGUAAGGAAUAUAUAUUUUUUGAGCCUACCGCAAGUUAUUUCUACUGUGCUAUUGUGAGUGUUGUAACAUUUGAAAAACUUUUGCCAUAGCUCUUUGGGACUGGUUAAAGGCGCCAGUGGUCUCUCUUGAGUAGUGUACUGUAGUGAGUUACUAUGACCCAUGUGGGUCUGCAUCCCUUGCAAAAGAUACAACCUCCGAAGUAACUGAAAAAACACUCCACCAAGUAGGUGUCUAUGUUGCCACUCCUAUUUAAAUACAGACUCCGGCAGGGAGCAUGUUUUUCUACACAAAAUCUAGCCAACUGUGGGUAUUCGUAUUUUAGUUGUUGAAUGACUUCCAUGUUCUUGAUGACUAAAAUAUGUCUUUUCCUGUAUCAGUGUUGCUGAUGGUUUUAAUGAAUAUCGAAGUUCUCCUGUUGUUUCUUUGAGCCGCUAAGCGCAGCAGCUUCAGAGUGGCUGCAGAAGACAGCGUCUCCAUGACCUAAAUGUUUUCCUUUCCUACUCUCCUGCCCCACCCCCCAACCUGUUCCUGUUCCUGCUUUUGGCUUCUCAGUGCCCCGGCCAUCUCUCCAGACGUGUACACUCCAGCUGGGAAAUUAAAAGGGCAAGGGCCAGAACAGCUCUUGUCUCCUCUCUUCCUGCCAAUUGCUGCCCGUUUGCUGUUUUGAACUUUGUGUAAAGUUAUGCAUCAGACUCUCUUUGCUAAAGCUUUUUGCAUGCCUUCUGCUCCCAAGUCUCUGGCUGCUUCUGCACACAACCUGAACACAUUGUGCCUGUUUUCUAUGGUUGUGGAGAGUGAGUGAACAAGUAUGUAGAGCAGUUUUCCUUACGGUAUUGGUCACAGUUAUUCUAGUGUCUAUCUACAUCUGUAUUAUUCUAACAAUAUUCUAUAAUUAAAAGUGUAAUUUUUAAAAU